CAGCGCCACCUGGCCAAAUAUUGGCCGACCUCCUUACGUGGCCACCAUUUCUGACGGGGGACAGAUUGUUCUGCAACAGGGCUUACCGGUUCGCUUCCGAUCUGGCUGGAGAUGGAUCCGAAUGGUCACGAAGUCAAAUAUUCCUCAGCAAAUAAUCCCACGAGGGACCCGAUUGACAACAACAUGGCCACAAGGACGAAAUAUUUAGGGGGAGUGACCGUGAUCUCUCCGAUCGAGUCUCGCCGGAACGAGAUGAGAAUGAUGGCUGAGAAGGAAGAAGAAGAGCUUCAGAAAUGGAAGGAGGCUCACAGACUCACACACGUGCAAACCACGCCACAGAGACUCGGCGGCGAUGCCACCUUGGCCCAAGUCAGGGAGAGACAGUUUGCGGACUUGCGUUGCUCCAAGAUGCAGAAGAAGCUCAAACAGGAAACUUUGGCUCAGAAGAAGAGAAAAGAAGAGGAGGAUGAGCUUCAGUGGAAGAAAGACGAACAUAGAAAAAAGGCCGAGCGUCUGGAGGAACGGAAGAAGGCGGAGCAGCAGAGAAGGCGGGAAGACCUCCAACAAGAACACGCCCAGGUGAACUCGGCCUUCUUGGACAAGCUCGACCGUCCCGGCAGAGGAAGCGUAGAAAAACCAACCAGCGAGUCCGGCACCCGUGGACAAGAAAGGCCUGGACCUCGUCCAGGGGACGACGACUCUGGCGAGGCAGAGGAGGCCGACCAGGACCAGGACGGGUACCAAGAGCGGUACCGCUACCAGAACCUGGAAUGGGCCUUGAUGAAACUGAUGGUAAACUUUCCAGACUUCAGCAGACUCUUCCUGGAGGACAUUCUUGACCAGUGUAGUGGCGACUACCAGCAGGCGCACGCUUUACUCAAGCGCUCGAUGACUUGAAGUCGAAAGACGUAA